AUGGAGCUGGCAACAAUGGGGCCUGGAGCGUCAGGAAAUGGGGUCAGGACUGUGACAGCUCCACGCUCAGCGCUAGGCUCCGGAGUCAGCCUACACGCCUACGACAUCGGGGUCCUGGUUGUCUACUUCAUCUUUGUCAUUGGUGUGGGGGUCUGGUCAUCCAUUCGCGCGAGCCGAGGCACAAUUGGUGGCUAUUUCCUGGCAGGGAGGUCCAUGAGCUGGUGGCCGAUUGGAGCCUCUCUGAUGUCCAGCAAUGUGGGCAGUGGCUUGUUCAUUGGCCUGGCUGGGACAGGAGCCGCUGGAGGUCUUGCUGUGGGCGGCUUCGAAUGGAAUGCAACCUGGCUGCUUUUGGCCCUGGGCUGGAUCUUUGUCCCCGUGUACAUCGCCGCCGGGGCCGUCACGAUGCCACAGUAUCUGAAGAAGCGGUUUGGUGGCCACAGGAUCCAGGUGUACAUGUCUGUCCUGUCUCUUAUCCUCUACAUCUUCACCAAGAUUUCUACUGACAUCUUCUCUGGAGCUCUCUUCAUCCAGAUGGCCUUGGGCUGGAACCUUUACCUCUCCACGGUGAUGCUGCUGGUGGUGACAGCCGUCUACACCAUUGCUGGGGGCCUCACGGCCGUGAUCUACACAGAUGCCUUGCAGACGGUGAUCAUGGUGGGGGGCGCCCUGGUCCUCAUGUUUCUGGGCUUUCAGGAGGUAGGCUGGUACCCAGGCCUGGAGCAGCGGUAUAGACAGGCCAUCCCUAAUGCCACAGUCCCCAAUACCACCUGCCAUCUCCCCCGGUCUGACGCCUUCCACAUGCUCCGGGACCCUGUGAAUGGGGACAUCCCUUGGCCUGGCCUCAUUUUCGGGCUUACGGUGCUGGCCACAUGGUGCUGGUGCACGGACCAGGUCAUCGUGCAGAGGUCUCUCUCUGCCAAGAAUCUGUCCCAUGCCAAGGGGGGCUCUGUGCUGGGGGGUUACCUGAAGAUCCUGCCCAUGUUCUUCAUUGUCAUGCCUGGCAUGAUCAGCCGGGCCCUGUACCCAGAUGAGGUGGGCUGUGUAGACCCUGACGUUUGCCAAAGAAUCUGCGGGGCCCGAGUGGGCUGCUCCAACAUCGCCUACCCUAAGCUGGUCAUAGCCCUCAUGCCUGUCGGUCUGCGAGGCCUGAUGAUCGCCGUGAUCCUGGCCGCCCUCAUGAGCUCACUCACCUCCAUCUUCAACAGCAGCAGCACCUUGUUUGCCAUUGAUGUGUGGCUGCGCCUCCGAAGGAAGGCCACCGAGCAGGAGCUGAUGGUGGUGGGCAGAGUGUUCGUGGUGUUCCUGGUUGUCAUCAGCAUCCUCUGGAUCCCCAUCAUUCAGAGCUCCAACAGCGGGCAGCUCUUCGACUACAUCCAGUCUGUCACCAGCUACCUGGCCCCGCCUAUCACCGCCCUCUUCCUGUUGGCCAUUUUCUGCAAGAGGGUCACAGAGCCUGGAGCCUUCUGGGGCCUCAUGUUCGGCCUGGCUGUGGGGCUUGUGCGCAUGAUCCUGGAGUUCUCCUACCCAGCGCCAGCCUGUGGGGAGGUGGACCGGAGGCCGGCCGUGCUGAAGGACAUCCACUACCUCUACUUUGCCCUCCUGCUCUGUGGGCUCACUGCCAUCGUCAUCGUCGCUGUCAGCCUCUGUACCAGCCCCAUCCCUGAGGAAAAGCUUGCUCGCCUGACAUGGUGGACACGGAACGGUCCCCACCCUGAGCUGGAGAAGGAAGCCCCAGAGGGCACACCAGGGACAUUGGAGAUGCCAUCUGGGGUGAGCCCUCCAGGAGAUGGAGGGACAGAGAGCUCCAGCCAAGGCCGGGACCAGCAUGGAGCCCGGUGCAGGCGGUGGGGCAGGGUGCUGUGGGACUGGUUCUGUGGGCUGGCCGGCAGCCCCGAGCCCGCACGGAGCCCCGAGGAGAUGGCCGCGCGCCAGCGGGAGCUGACCAGCAUCGCCGAGGAGCCGCUCUGGAGAACCGUCUGCAAUGUCAAUGCCAUCCUGCUCCUGGCCCUCAACAUCUUCCUCUGGGGCUAUUUUGCCUGACUCCGCAGACCUGGCUUCAGUGGAGACCGAGUAAACUGGACUGGAGCCUGGCCAGUCUGUCUUGCUGUGGAAACCGGGGACCAUGGAGGCCGAGCCAGCAGGAGCCCCUGUCCCAGGCUGCACACCAGCCACGUGGAGAGGCCACGUGGAGAAAGGGAGACCAGAGAGGGCUCUGGGUUUGCUCAGGGCCACACAGCAGGACUCACACUGGGUCUUCUGACUCCAGCUCUUUGUCCAUUUUACUGCCUAUGUUUCUACCUCAGAAACACUGUUCCCACCCCCUGGGUGCUUCCUUUCAGGAGCUUUUACUGUACCUGUGUGUUGAGGCUUAAACAAGUGGAAGACAUAAGAAACGGGGUUGCAAGAACGUUGCAAAAGUCCAAGUGCAUCUUUGCUCACUGGCAUCCCUUCCCUCCCCACGUUGUCCCCUUCUUCCCUAGUUCCCAACCCCUAGUCAUCUAUUUCCAGCAGGCACCUACCCAGGAGGUCCUUUACUUCCCCUGACACACCCCAGGGAAUGAGGGGCCAGGAUGGAAUGAAAGCAUGGUGACAGAUGAUGUUUGGGCAGGGAGCUCUGGGGGGACUCUCCUUGGUGCCGCUCAAAUUCUGCCCCUUCCCACCAUCACUUCCUAACACUGCAGUCUCCAUGGCCUUGAGGCAUUUGAAGUCCAGUUGGAGAGACAGAACUUGUGAAGAACAGUAGCCAUGCAGAGAGGCCGCAUGGACAGCCUGCGAGCCACUGCCCUGGGCCCAUGCCCCUCUCUCCCUCUGCCUGCCAGGCAUCCACCCAGCCUGGAAAAUACCAUGACCAGAACUGUCUGACAUCCACAACCAGGCCAGGAUCCCUCUCCCAAUCCCACCUCCUCUGGGCCUGCCUCUGUCACAUACCAAUCACUGUCCUGUGAUGUUUCUCUCCCCAACUAAGCAGGAUAGUCCAAGGGGCAAGGACCAAGAGCCAAGGACCACAUUCCAAGUGACUUUGUACCCAGAAAGUAAAAAGUGUCCAGUAAAUGGUAACUUAGUAAUACUCUAAGGUCCUGGAAGGUUUGCAUGGUGGCUGGCUGGAUUGCGACCUGGGGAGCCAGCUCGUGGGGAGGAGCCUCCUUCAGCUGGAGUGUACACACCACGCCUCAGAUGUCCAGAAAGAGAACCCAGUCCUGUCCCAUUGCCAAGGACAUAGUGAGAAGGUCCCUUCCUUUCUCUCUCAUAUCUAGGCUGCCCCUAUUCUCAUCUGAGCCUCCUCAGCGCUGUCUCUGAUCAUUAUAGUAGUCACUCCCCACACUUGGCUACACAUAAAAUUCUAGCCCUUUGAGGCUGAAACACAGCUGAUUCUAUGAACACCUCCUAUUGGUGCUGCCUCCACAUUUCUGUGACCUCUGACCUUUGACCUCAUUGUUGUCACCUCACCUGGCCAUGCUUUUCCUUGCUGUUCCCCACUGACCUUUAUUGGGAACUCAGCUUUCCCCCCCCUCAUUUUCCCCAAAACCAUUCCCUAGAAGCAUUUGUGUGCCACCAAACGUACUGAAGGUUUGGGGAAGGAAAGA